AAAAAAGCCAUUUCGACAAUAGCAUUACAUUUAGACACAUGGCUUUAUGAAUACAAAUUUUUUGGAGUAAAAGUGAAAGAGAGUUUUUAAUUUAUUUUAUUUGUGAAUAAAUACUUUUAGUGAUAUAAACCAAUUAUGGAAACAAUGGAACCUCAGAAUUCACCACCAACACAGACAGAAAUACAAACAAAAAGACCUAAUCAAAAUAAAAGACGUAAAAAAGCACGACGUAGACCUUCUAAAGAUAUACGACUUAAUUCGGGAAAAAUUGGACCACCACCAUCGAUACGUCGGAGAAAGAAAAAAAAGAAUAAUUCAAUAUAUAAUAUUUUUGCUAAGGACAAUGUCAUUGCCAAAGAUCAUGUAGUGGUGGUGAAAAAAGAGGAGAAUUCAAUGAUGGAAGAAGUGGUUAAUAAUUUGCCUAAGGAAGAGACUAAAGGAAUUUCUUGUCAAGAGAGUUUUCUUGCAUUCUUAAAAAAAUGGUUGGAUGAUAGAAAUAUUUCUCAUCCAGAAGUCUCUGAAGAAGCAGAAGUAAAAUUAUUAAAAGAAGAAACCAACCAACAAGAAGACUAGAACAAAUUAUUCUGUUUUUUUUUUUUAUUAGUACUUAUUUAAUAUUUUUAUUCCUUAUUUUUUUAAUAAUGACGUAUUAUUUUAGUUCUCACAUUAAAAUAUAAAAUGUAUUGAUUUUAUAUUUUUAUUUAAAAUACAUAAAUUAUAUUUUUUCAGUA